UUUUCGCGAAUGAUGUCACAAAAUGGCGACUACCAUGCGACUAUGCAACGAUGAUUUCGUCUCUACGCAGUUGGUGGAAAUGUUAAUUUAAUGGAAAUUUCCACUGUUUGGGGUUGGGCAGUUUAAAGUCAGUACAUCGACUAAAAGCAGCUAUUUAGUGGCAGGGGAGAGAAGGGUCGUUACUACAAUAUUUUAAUAACUAAAGUAUUCUCGACAUCAAAGAGGGGGUAUCAAGGUCUGUUGUGUUCUGUUAGACUAGCCUGCUAGCUAGCUAUACAGCUGGUUAGCUAACGAGUCUGCUAAUGUAAGUCUAAUUUCUCAGUUGGCCCUGGUUGAUGUCACCCAGGCUACGUCGUGACCUAACGUUACUUUAUAGUUUGUUUACUGUUACUCUCCGUUAUGGAAAUGGAAUACAAUGGUGGUGUUACGGGCGGGGUGUUGGUCAGUGGAAGUAAUGUCCCUGCAUUCCUAACGAAACUUUGGACUUUGGUGGAAGAUCCAGAAACGGACCCUCUCAUUUGCUGGAGUCCGAGUGGAAACAGCUUCCAUGUGUUUGACCAGGGAAGAUUUUCUAAAGAAGUACUUCCAAAAUACUUCAAACACAAUAACAUGGCCAGCUUUGUCCGCCAACUUAAUAUGUACGGUUUCCGCAAGGUCGUCCACAUUGAGCAGGGCGGGCUGGUGAAGCCGGAGAAAGACGACACGGAGUUUCAGCAUCCCUACUUCGUCAGAGGCCACGAGCUGCUGCUAGAGAAUAUCAAGAGAAAGGUCACCGCUGUCUCUAAUAUUAAGCACGAGGACCUCAAACUCGGCCAAGACGGGGUCUCCAAACUACUGAAUGAUGUGCAGCAUAUGAGGGGAAAGCAGGAAGCCAUGGAUUCCAAGAUCAGUGCCAUGAAGCAUGAGAACGAGGCUCUCUGGAGGGAGGUGGCCACCCUACGGCAGAAGCAUGCCCAGCAACAGAAAGUCGUCAACAAGCUCAUCCAGUUUCUGAUCACCCUGGUGCAGUCCAACCGAGCUCUCGGGAUGAAGAGGAAAAUUCCCCUAAUGCUGAAUGACAGUAGCUCAGCUCACUCCAUGCCCAAGUUCAGCCGGCAGUACUCCUUAGAGCACCGGCAGGGUGCUCCCACCUUCCCGGCCCCCACGGCAGCCUACGCGGGAGCGAGCCUCUUCCCCCCCGACUCGCCCGUCAAAUGCGGCCCGAUCAUUUCUGACGUCACGGACCUGGCGCAGACGAGCCCCACCGAAGUCGCCAGCGACUGGACAGAGAACAGGAGGAACCCGCUGGUGCGCAUUAAGGAAGAGCCGGGGAGCCCCCCCCUCAGCCCGGAGGUGGAGGAGGUGAUCCCGGGGGAGGUGUGCUCCGUGGCCGACACCCCUCUGUCGCCCACGACCUUCAUCAACUCCAUCCUGCAGGAGAGCGAGCCCGUGGCCUCCACCCAGCCCGACCCCGAGCAGAAGUGUCUCAGCAUCGCCUGCCUGGAAAAUGCUCCACAGAUGUCAGAAGUCUCUUAUGUUUGCUCAAGUCUUCCCUCCACCUCUUCUCAUCCCAGACCACUACCAGGGUCCGAACUGUGCGACCAUUUGGAAGGCAUCGAUUCCGGAUUGGAGAACCUCCAGACAAUCAUGAAUGGGCAGGCUAUCAAUUUUGAUUCUUCGCACCUUUUUGAUGUGUUCAGUUCCUCACUAUCAAACGCCGAAUUCAGUUUACCGGAUUUGGACAACAGCCUUGCCAGUAUCCAAGACCUGCUCAUACAAGACCAGAAGUCAAAUGAAUCGAGCGAAAACACAACAGAUGCUGGGAAGCAGUUGGUCCAGUAUACGUCCCAGCAGGUCCUCCUGGCAGACCCCAUCAACAUGGACAACAGCGGGGAAGACCUUCCCAUUCUGCUGGAGCUGGAGGGCGACGCCUACUUCCGCGACGACUCGGAGGACCCUACCAUUUCCCUGCUUUCCAGUGAUUACCCCCCCAGUGACACAGAGGACCCCAAGCUGUCAUAAACACAUACAGGCUUUUCAUUUUAGUUUUAUUUUACAAAGGAUGUACAGCUGUGUCUGUCGCUCCAGUUUCAUAGGCGGUUGAAAUGAACAGGUGAACCAAAAAAAUUGAAAUUAAAUUGAGAACACUGUAAAUUCAGGCAAUCGUUUUUUUACAAGUUGUGAAAGCAUUUUUUUUUUGCUUAAUAUCCCAAAAAGCUGGGUUUAUCUUUGUUUUCUUUUUUCAGAUGUAUUAGGGUAGCUUAACCAAGAUAAAUAAAUUUAUCCUCAAUUAAAUAAAUUUAAGCAAUAGAAACGAUUAAGCUCCUUGCAUGAUCGUUCUUGUUUUCUACAAAAAUAUUUUUAGCAAGUACCUAAAUAAGUAUUAUGUUGGACACAUUGAAGGCGUACUAUGCAGAAUUUUUAGCCUUGCUUUGGUCCUGUGUUUACAAUGAACAAAGUCUCCUACUCUGUCUUCAACCCCACCCACUCACCCCGAGUUCCCCACCUUACAUAGGCUAGCUGGGUAGCUGGAAGCGACGUUUUUUUUACAGGUCCAACAGAGGACAAGCCAUCACUGAAUCUGGGCAUCAUACAUAGCAACAAACACCCUGAUGAAAUGUGAUCCCGAACCACAGGCCCUGCAGCCACACCCACUCCUCCGUACACAGAAAAGAAUGCCCCGCCCGUAAAGUCCCAGACAUGUUUUAGAAAAAAUAAGGUGAAGGUGCACAUAUUGGGUGAAAGUGCAUAAAGACAGAGAUUACCAGUGCGUCAUAGAUGUGUCUCAGCAUGGUUAUUUUUAUAAUAUUUUCUAGGUAAAAAUCCUGCAUAGUAUGCCUUUAAAAAUGAACCUCUGAAAGCUGAGGGAAAGUGCAUUGCAGUUGGUCUAUAUCUUGGCUGUACAAUCUGAAAUGUUAUUUUCCUGUCCUGAUGAACAUUGCCCAUACAGAAGGCUGUCACUGGUGUGUUGCUGAAAUGUUCUGUAUUCUUGCCUUCUGGUGUUCGAGCAGCUUGCUAACCAUCUAUUUUUAACAGAUAGACCUUUGUGCUGUACAUAGCUUCUGUAAUAUGCAUUUUAGGCACAGAAUAUUUAUACGUUUCCAAAAGAUAAUAUUGAAUCCUGGAAACAGGGAAUUUGUUUUUGCAUAUAAAUUAUGUUGUUGACUUAUUUCUUGCAAAAGGAGAGCAUGGGUCUUUGGUUCACCCUUUCUUGCAAAGAGAAAAAUGUGGGUUUGAAACGGUAAAGUAAAAAAACAAAAAUUUGUAAUUGUUAUUCAUUAUACCACUAAGAUUACAGUCAUGCUACCGUUUUUUGUUUUGUUUUUAUUGAACUAAACCAUACCCUUGGUUAAACAAUUGUAAUCUUGAGUGUAAAUUGCAAUAGUUGUCUUUUUUAUAAAAAAGAUAUCUGCCUUUUAUUGCAUUGGCUCAUUUGCUUUUGAAAGCCAGAUUAAUUGUACACAGCCAAAAGAGAUGAUAUAAUAAAAGGUUCCUGUACAUAUGUACACUGUAGAUGCAUACAUUUUAAUGUUUAAAAGCAAUUUUAAUAGUCAACACGUUCCCAUAUCAUCCUAUACAUACCAGCAUAUUUUUGUUUUAUGGAUUGUCUUUCAGAAAAAUAAAGAUCCACGAAGAACUCUUUUUAUUUUUAAAGGGUUGUUUAGAAAUGGCUUGCUUUAUUGAAAGGGGGCUUGAUCAUUAUUUACAUUUCAGGUUUAACUGAAGGAAAACAGAACUAUUUUUCAUACGUGUUACUUGGUUACUUAAAAUUUUUGGGUUUUUAAAAUAUAUAUAUAUAUAUAUACUGUGUGUGCACUGUAUUUGCAGUUAAAUACACGGGUAUUGGGCAGUGACAGUUUUUAUUGUUUUGGCUCUGCACUCCAGCACACUGGAUUUGAAGUAGAACAAUGAAUAUGGGGUUAAAGUGUGGACUGUCAGCUUUAAUUUGAGCGUAUUUACAUUGCAUGCAUACUGUCCCCAUUUUAGGGGAGCAAAAGUAACUGGACGAAUGAACACAACCUGAAAUGAAGUCAUAAUUUUUUGUACUUUGUUGCAAAUCCUUUGCAUUCGAUAUCUUCCUAGAUAUCUUCCCUGGUGAUGCUUUGCUAGGCCCGUACUGCAGCCAUCUUCAGUUCCUGUUUGUUCCUAGGUUGUUUUGCCUUCAGUCUUGUCUGCAGGAAGAUUCACUUGGCCAUUCCACAUUUUGGUCCUGAAAAACUCCUGUGUUGCUUUACCAGUGUGUUCGGGGUCAUUGUCCUGGAAGGUGAAGCACCAAUCAGUUUUGAGGCCUUUGGAUGGAUCUGACUAAAGAUGUUUUUUGUUACUUUUAGCAAACUCUGACCUGACCACUCUGUUCUUCAGGCUUAUCAGUGGUUUGCAUCUUGGAGGGAACGCUCUGAGGUUGUGCUGGUGUCGUCUAUUCUUUAUGGUAGUAUUCACAGUCGGAAGUAUUUGGUCAUCCCCUACAGUGUCAUUCUUGCAGUGUAUCAAACAGUUUAUUUUGACCCAAUGUCUCUAUUGGGUUUAUUCAGAUUCAUGUUCAGAGACAACAGCAACAAUGCUAAUUCAACACCUAGAAUUAACUCUAUACUUUUUUUUUUAGCUUUCUUGUUCAUGUACUGGUGAUGCAAAGACACAGCUGGCCAAGACACAGGUGAUCAGCCAAUUGUUCCAUUACUUUUGCUCCCCUAAAAUGUGGGGACCAUGUAUGAAUAGAGCUGUAAUUCCUACAUGGAUCACAAAUUAUAAUAACCUCAAAUUAAAGCUGACUGUCUGUACUUUAACCUCGCAUUGUUUUAUUUCCAGUCCAGAGCAGAAACAACGAAUAUUCUGUCACAGUCUCAAUACUUUUGCAUUUAACUGUAUAUUGGCAUACUGCAUUGCCAAGCAUUGCUUUGUAUAAGGGUGUUACCAAUUCCUGAAAAUGUUGAAUUUGUAAGCAACUUUUAUUUUUUAUGCUGAUGAGUGUUGAGGUGUUUAUUUCUGUGUCCAAUAGAUGAACCUUAACAUUCUUUUCAAACUGUUAGUUUGGCAAAUGUCACUGCGUGAGAAUUCCUGUAUGAAAAGAUUUUGUGUAUAAGGAUGAAACCUUGUUUUUGGCAUGUUUUGUCACAGAUUAUCAUGGUUAUUUUAAAAUGUUCAAAUACAGGCUUUGGCAAAUAUAAUACACAUAACUGGU